AAAAUCGAACUGCAACAACUAAAUUUUUAUUUUUAUGUAGUAGCCAAUAGGUCUAUACAGAAUUAGAUUAAAUUAAAUUAAUUAUUUUCAUUAAUUAUUAGCUACAGCCUGCGAUUUGCGAGAUCAGAAAUACUAGAAUUUCCGUUUACCGAUUCACACUAUUCCGAAUUUUUAAACUUCUGCAGCUUUUCUAUUAAAAUGUAUUCCAAUCAUUCGUCUGAUCCCAGAAGACCGGACAAGGAGCACAGGUACAAACCAAAAGCUGUCAAUAGUGAUAAUCAAGCUCUAACACCUGGUGAAGACUUGACAUCUGACUAUAUGAAUAUUUUGGGAAUGAUUUUGAGUAUGUGUGGAUUAUUAAUGAAGUUUAAAUGGGCAGCAUGGUGUGCUAUGUUUUGUUCAUGUAUAAGCUUUGCAAAUUCUAAAGCAUCUGAUGAUAACAAACAAAUUUUUAGUAGUUUUAUGCUUUCCAUGUCAGCAAUUGUGAUGUCUUACUUACAAAAUGCACAACCUAUGUCACCACCAUGGUCUACAACAUUUGGAUAAGAUUUUUAUAAACAAAAAUAAAAAUAAUAUUUUGUAUUUAUUAUGGAUUAAUUAUACAUUUAUUGUAUCAGA